GCACUCAGUCAGACGACACUCAGAGGAGAAGAACCCAGAUGACUGAAUCCACGCCAGCUUCCUGCACUUUGAAAUAAUGGAUGCGACCCGACUUCUCCUCCUCAUCUUUGUGGUGAUGUCAACUUCUGAAUGUUCAGGUUCAGAGACAGCAGAGCUGCAGUGUGAGAACUUUGAUGCCAACCCUAUUAACCUUCUUGAAGGAGAAGCGUUAUAUUAUCAGCAUUACAUUCUUCUUACGCUCAACUUCUCAGACCAAGAGCUCAACUGGUACAAAAACAGCUCCAAGAUUAAAUAUAUCUCAUUUGACAAGAAAGAGAGGAUACAUCAGCAUGAUGGAUGGAUAUUUUUCUUAAAGCCUCUGACCGAGGACUCUGGCCUCUACACUGCCCGGCAUAUAGACCAAGGAGGAAUCUGCCGCAACUACAAUGUCAAAGUUGAGGUCUUUAAUGCGAGUGAACGAGAGAAUCCCAAAAUACUUUGGACAUCAAUCGAAAACUCCGACCAGAACAUCCGGGUCCGCUGUCUAUCGACUGUGACAAACACAUGUACGAUGUUUGGAGGAAUCGUCACCUGGUACAAGGACUAUGUUCUUCUUCAAGGUCACCAUGAAAAAGAACAGUUGGUUGAAAAUGCCAGCAAACAAGAUGAGGGCAUCUACACGUGCAUUUGUACCUGGACGCACAAUGACAGGGCGUACAACACGUCGGCCUCCAAGAGGCUAAUAGUUGAAGAGCGUUCAUCUUACCAUCCAGUAGAAAUCCUCUCUCCUACAGACGAGGAGCAGUUUGCAGAUGAAAGCUCGGAGAUCAAGUUGGAAUGUAAAGUUUUCUGUGGGAUCAAUAUCAAUGUCAAUGAUUGUGAUGCUAGCUGGCAUAUUGGAGACAUUGAGAGGGAUGGAUACAACCAAACCAUCCAACGAACCAAGGAGAAUCCUUCAAAGAAAGUCAUCACCACGGCGAUACUGACCAUUGAGAAAGUGUCGGAGAAGGAUUUUAGGACUAAAUUCAACUGCACCGGCAAAUCUAUUUACACAAGCAACUCUGCCACUUUAACUCUGAAGCGGAGAGAGUCGAAAACUCAGAUGGUCAUGACAGCCUUGUGUGUGUUGUUCGCCUGUUUGUUUGCGGCUGUGCUGGUGAAGUGCUUUGCUGUGGACCUCGUGCUCUUGUUCAGACCCUGCCUCCGUCUGUGGAGUCACAAGAAAGAUGUGAGGCUGUACGACGCCUACGUGGUCUACCAGACGCAGAGUGCGGAGAAGGUCACCGAGAGCACACUCUGUUGGUUCCUCACACAGGUUCUACCCUCCGUCCUGGAGGAAAAGUGUGGAUAUCGACUCUUCAUCCACGGGAGGGAUGACAUGCCUGGAGAAGACCACGUGAAGCAGGUGGAGAGCAGCGUGAAGCAGAGCAGGAGACUGAUGGUGAUCCUCAACCCGGGUUCAGGAUUAGAAUCCGAAACCAGUUACCAACAUCCGGACUCCCUCCAUAAUUCAGUGAUAGGAGGGUUUGACUGGCAGGUUGUGUUCCACCAUGCUCUGGUCCAGAGGGACAUGAGUGUGAUUCUGAUCCAGCUCGGAGACACUGGGCCGCAGGGAUACACACAACUCCCCAUUGCCCUGCAGCAUUUGAUUCGAAAGAGCGCCCCCUUGAGGUGGCCAGAGGGCUCGCGGGAUGCUGCUUCACGUAACUCACGGUUCUGGAAGAAAGUUCGAUACCUGAUGCCGGCCACACCUGCAAAGAGGUGUCAACAGUCUGCUCUCAUUUGA